AUGCUACAAGAUCUAACGCCUAUUCAAGAUGUGUCGCAUUGGGCUCCAUCCGCGAAAAAGAGAGACAAGGUCACUAUGCCGUCACCACUAACGGUGGAAGGCCUCCUUGCGAAGGACAUCCAUGAAAAGAUUGAGCAACUCAUCAACAACCUGAUCAGCAUCAAAGAUGAGACAGGUCAUUUCCUGCAGAGACUGCCCGAUGGCCGUGUCAUUGACACAAAAGGAUGGAACGGCUGGGAAUGGACUCACGGCAUAGGUCUGUACGGGCUGUAUCAGUACCACGCUCUGACCUCUUCGUCGACUGUCCUGAAAAUGAUCCAGGACUGGUUCUCGGCGCGGCUGGCCGAGGGCACCACCAAGAACAUCAACACGAUGGCAGCGCUCCUGACCCUUGCAUCCAUCUAUGAGGAGACCGGCGGGCGGGGCUACCUCCCUUGGCUGGACUCUUGGGCGGAAUGGGCCAUGUACGAUCUGCCGCGGACGACGUUCGGGGGUAUGCAACAUAUCACCGAAAUCGGCAAACUGCUGAACCGGCCGCACUAUGUUGAGGAGGCUAAACGACAAUUCCUCCUGCACAUCCAGUACCUUUACGACCCUCAGACAGGCCUAUUCUUCCAUGGCUGGCAAUUUGACGACAGUGCUUCGGGCGGCGUGGGGCACAACUUUGCUCGUGCCAGAUGGGCUCGCGGAAACAGUUGGAUGACGAUUGCAAUUCCAGACUUUAUCGAGCUGCUUGAUCUACCGCCCAACGACGGUCUGAGGAUGUACCUUGUCAGUGUCCUCCAGGCACAGUGCCAGACUCUGCGGGCUCUGCAGACACCUGAGGGCACGUGGAGAACGUUGCUUGACGUAUCAGAGGCCGAGGGGAGCUAUCAGGAAGCCUCGGCGACGGCAGGAUUUGCUUAUGGCCUAUUGAAGGCAGUGCGAAAACGAUAUAUCGCGAAAGAUUAUACGAAUGUUGCGUUUCAGGCAGUCAAGGCUGUCCUACAACGCAUCAAUCAGGAUGGAGAGCUCAUGGACGUCAGUUUUGGGACGAGCAUGGGCCGAGAUCUCAAGCAUUAUCUUGACAUCGAGAGGACGAGUAUGCCGUAUGGCCAAGCGAUGGCGAUUAUGGCAUUGGUCGAGUUCAUCCGGGUGUUCGUCUAAUAUUCAUCCGGCAUUGCCACCGCCUUACAAGAGUUGCGCGCUCUUGAGGAUCAAGUACUCAUCCAUACCAAUAUAUAUGAAAGAGUCCCUCAUAACUAUCGCGUUGCCUCGUCCGUUUGAUCCGGGUGCUCUCCUCGAUUCAGACAAUA